AUGUCACGUAGAUCAGGAAGGAAAACAUACACAGCAGAACAACCUUCCACAGCUGCCCCUGCUCAAACAUUCCCGGAAGAAGAGGAGCUCGAGGAUCUCGAAGAAGAUUCUCUUGAAGAAGGAGAUGAAGUUACCAGAUGUGUAUGUGGAAACGACGAACUCCAAACCGAUACUAUCAACAAAGAACUCGAAGACUUACUUGCAAAAGAGUACAAGAUUAAAAUCGACCACGGAUUAUUCAUCCAAUGUGACAAAUGUGGUGUAUGGCAGCAUGGGUAUUGUGUUGGAUUAUUUGACAAUAAUGACGUUCCUGAGAAGUAUUGGUGUGAAUUGUGUAAACCUGAGGUUCAUAUUUUCAUUGAUAAACGUACGUUAUAUAAACCAGUAAAUGAUAGACGGAGGAAAGUGGAACAAAUCUCAAUGAUCAAGAAGAAGAAUUCUGGAUCCAGUCUGGGGUCUUCCAGAAAUUCUCCUCCUACUGGUGGUAAGAGAAAAAGACAUCAUCACGAGGAAGAUGAAUACGAUUAUGAAGUGGCUUUACAAAAGGCAUUAAGAGAAAGUGCAAAAGAGUCAGGAGUUCCUGUGGAUGAAGCCAACCAAGAGGUUAAACAAAAACUUAAUGACCAUGAUACUUCGAAUGUUGAUGAAGAAAAUGACGUAUCAAACAGUGAUGCUGGUUCAAAACGAGCAGCCAGGUCAAGAGGUGGAAGGGCUGCCAAAUCGAAAAAGAAAAAGAAGAAGGAUGCAACAAGUUUGUCCUCUUCUUCUUCAACCUCAAAUGCCAACUCGGGAAAUACCAACACCGGCGUGACUAAAGAAGAACUAAUCAAUCAACCUUCAAAACCUCGAUUUGUUUCAAGUAAAUCGUCAAUCUACGAAUUGAGAAAACGUACCGGAGCAAUUCUUGAAUGGUUAGGACGCUCACAAAUCGAAUUGGAAGAUGAAAAAGUCCGCAAAUUGGAAUUGUUUAAUUUUACACCCAACUCUGAUGAUUUACAAGUCAAACAAGAUGUGGAAAAUGUUCAAACUAAAUUCAAUGAAAAUUUGGAAUUAAUGGAAAAAUUAACUGAACAAAUUCUAAUAUGGGAACAACGAUUUGGUAAGUAUGCUCCAUAG